AAACAAAAACAACAAAUAAACCAGAAGAACUCGGUCAUACGAAGGGAAGCGGGUGUCAAAGCCAAAACGUUUCGUCUCAUCUGUUGAUGCCUCGAGUGUAAGUUCUGAAAUUUAUAGAGCACAUAAUGCCGAAAGUGAAGAGGAGUCGGAAGCCGCCCCCGGACGGAUGGGAGCUUAUUGAGCCCACUUUGGACGAAUUGGACCAGAAAAUGAGAGAAGCUGAAACAGAGCCUCAUGAAGGAAAGCGAAAGGUGGAGUCGCUUUGGCCAAUAUUCAGGCUACACCAUCAGCGGAGUCGCUACAUCUUUGACCUCUUCUACAAAAGAAAAGCCAUCAGUAGAGAACUAUAUGACUACUGUAUAAAAGAAGGCUAUGCAGACAAGAACUUAAUCGCCAAAUGGAAGAAGCAAGGUUACGAGAACCUGUGCUGCCUCCGCUGCAUCCAAACACGAGACACUAACUUUGGAACAAACUGCAUCUGUAGAGUCCCCAAGAGCAAACUGGAAGUUGGCAGGAUCAUAGAAUGCACCCACUGUGGAUGCAGAGGCUGCUCCGGCUGAGUGAAGUUUUUAGGCAUUGGGCUUGUCAUUCCAGUACUUCAUACACACUCGAGAUCAUUUAAAGUCCUGUUCUGUUUCAUUUAAUUAAAGGGACAAAAUGUACAAAAUACAGUUGUUUAAGCCUCAGUGCUUUUCUGUCAUUAUUUUGCUAUAAUGUUAAAUAAAGAUAUUUUUAUUUGCCUCUGUCAA